AUGUCAUCCUCAGAAUUAAAAAGUGUCUUUCAAGAUAGAAUUGAUCUUUACAAAGCAUUAGAAAUUGAUUUGGUUGGAAAUAGACGACAACCAAAUGAAAUCACCUUGACAGAAAUCAGGAAAGAAUAUAGACGAUUAGCCUUAAAGUAUCAUCCUGAUAAGAACAUUUCGAACGUUGACAUUGAUAGCAUUUUCCAUGAUAUAUCACUAGCAAACCAAAUUCUGUGUGAUAGUUCAUUAAGAGAACAGUAUGACAAAUGGUAUAUAAUUCAUUUAUAUAAAGGUCAUGAUGCCAAAAGACAAAAUUUUAUAGAGAAGUUGGAGGAAUCAGAAUCAAAACAUAGUCUUAAGGGGAAACCACAUUAUCGUCAUGAUACAAACGAUAUAUCACAGAUUCAAGACUAUGGAAGGACUUUAAGAAAGAUGAAACAUUUUAAAUUACCUUAUGGUAAUUGGAAAGACUUGGAGAUAAACAACAAACGCAACAAUUAUCCAGAUUCUUCGACAUUAAGAGUAGAAUUAGUUAAUAAACUGCCUUUCAGACAACCUGAUGAAUCCAAUUUAAUCAGGUUUUUUAACGAGAAACUUUUUAGCAGUAAUAGUAAUCAUAAAAUCAUUGAUCUAUACUACUCUUCAAGAAAUAAUUACGAACAAGAUGAAAAAAUAAUAGCAUAUGUCAUUCUAGAGACACCAUCACAAGCACAAGCACUAUUUAAACAAUUCUACAAUAACAAUUCAACUUGGAAUGAUUCUAUAAUCUCUGACAUUUCACCAAGAAUUCCAAUACAUUAUUACUCAAAUUUUAACCAAAAAAAUGAUUUGAACCAAAAUUUAAAAGAUCUGAUACAUUCAAAUACAAUCAACCUUGACUGA